UGGGCCUUGUAGUCUCAGUUUCCCAGAUAGGCAGGGAUGGGCCGCUGCACCGGGAGGAGUCUGCUGGAGCAGGAUGUGAGCUCACAGCCCGGGAUUGCUGUUGGGCAGGCGGCUACAAGCUAGGGGCGGCAAGGAGUCGGUUGCCAUUCAGCUGAGAGGAAGAAGCGCCCCCGGGGACGGUGAGAGCUUGGCCUGCCGAUGCGCACUGAGAGUAUGAGGCUCUGGCCUCCCCAGGACACUCCCUUGUGAACACUUCCACCACGGCGGAGCCUUCCAAGCCUACCUCCUGCCGUGUGGUGAUCUACCUGCAGCGGGAGAUGUCGGGGGACACAUGUCUAUGCCCAGCCUCAGGUGCCAAGCCCAAGCUAAGUGGCUUCAAGGGAGGAGGGCUGGGCAACAAGUACGUGCAGCUCAAUGUAGGCGGCUCCCUGUACUACACCACGGUGCGGGCACUCACCCGGCAUGACACCAUGCUCAAGGCCAUGUUCAGUGGGCGCAUGGAGGUACUGACCGACAAAGAAGGCUGGAUCCUCAUAGACCGAUGUGGAAAGCACUUUGGCACCAUUUUGAAUAACCUCCGAGAUGACACUAUUACCCUCCCUCAAAACCGGCAAGAAAUCAAAGAAUUGAUGGCUGAAGCAAAAUAUUACCUCAUUCAGGGCCUGGUGAACAUGUGCCAGACUGCCCUGCAGGACAAGAAGGACUCCUACCAGCCUGUGUSCAACAUCCCCAUCAUCACAUCCCUGAGGGAGGAGGACAGGCUCAUCGAAUCCUCCACCAAGCCCGUGGUGAAGCUGCUGUACAAUAGAAGCAACAACAAGUAUUCCUACACCAGCAACUCCGAUGACCACCUGCUGAAAAACAUAGAGCUGUUUGACAAGCUGUCCUUGCGCUUCAAUGGCCGUGUGCUCUUCAUCAAGGAUGUCAUCGGUGACGAGAUCUGCUGCUGGUCCUUCUAUGGCCAGGGUCGUAAGCUGGCAGAGGUGUGCUGCACCUCCAUCGUGUAUGCCACAGAGAAGAAGCAGACCAAGGUGGAAUUUCCAGAGGCCCGAAUCUAUGAGGAGACACUUAAUGUCCUACUCUAUGAGACCCCCCGCGUCCCUGACAACUCCUUGUUGGAGGCCACAAGCCGGAGCCGCAGCCAGGCUUCCCCCAGUGAAGAUGAGGAAGCCUAUGAACUGCGGGAUCGUGUGCGCCGCAUCCAUGUCAAGCGCUAUAGCACCUACGAUGACCGGCAGCUCGRCCACCAAUCUGCCCAUCGUGASUGAUAAGACCUUCAAGGAGAUGGGGCACAGGAGGCCCUGUCUCCUGCCCUCUGCAGCCCCACGCUGCAAUUGCCUGGUUGUCUGCUCCAGCACUCAGAAACAUGACAAGCCCUUCCUGUGAAAUCAAGGGCCUGGGCUGGGAAGGGCCCGUUCCCUGGCCCUGACUGUUGAGCACUACCAGAUCCAUCUCCCUUCCUGUCCAGCAGGGAGCUACUUCUGUUGUGGGGUGAGCUGACCAGCCUCCCUCCUCCUGCUAAGCACAUUCCCCUCUGGGCCCUAUGCUGAGUGCCCUUCCUCAGCGRAGCCCCAYAGGRAUGGCUUCAUUCUGGGGGAAAGGCUGCUYCUGGUGCUGUGGAGGCCCAGUCUUUAUCACAGGUGGGGCUUCUUUUUCCCUAAGGUGUUGAAGCACAGGUUUGAUGAGCUUGAUUUUUAAAAAAUAAUCUAGGAAAUGAAUAGUUUUAUAUAAUGAGGGACUAGGCAUUUGUUACCCCUGCAGGGUGCCAGAAUCCUGCAUAAGGUAGACCCCUCAGCCCUUCUUGAUGCUUUUGGGAUCUGUCUUUAAUGCACUUUGUACUGUUAUUCAGGAGAUUAGCCUGCCCUGACCCACACCUUUUCCUGACCCUAAUCCCCUUUUCCUGCAGAAUCAUUCUGAGGGAGAGGAUAAAGAGAAAGCAAUAAAAACAAAACUGACCAGUUUUGGCUUUAUCAGCCUGGCCAGGCAGCCCAGGGCACCAAGGAAGACAGGCUAUGGGCUAGGGAUGUGGCUCAAGCGGUAGCGUGCUUGCCUGGCAAGUGUGCGGCCCGGGUUCGAUCCUCGGCACC